AUGGCCUCCAGCAGCUCCAAGAAGCUCAAUUCUUACAAGGCAUUCAUCUCUCCUCUCCUUCCUCCUGCCUGCAGGUUCCUUCCGACGUGUAGCGAGUACUCCAUGCAAGCUAUCUCUGAGUUGGGACCUUCCAAGGGGUUGGUUCUCACAGCCUGGAGGCUCAUCCGCUGUAACCCGAUGCACUGGGGAGGAGGAGGGCGGGGCUACGACCCUCCCAGGUGGCCGCCAGUGCCGUACAACUAUCACUGGCCAUGA